AGAACCGUCGGUAUGUUACAGUAAAUCUACAGUGCUUAAUGGAUGUAUUUAGACAAAGGUUACUUAAUAUCUCCAAGUAGUAGUAUACUUACUUUUGGAAAUGCAGAACUGGAAAUUUCAUUUAAGUUUGUUUGCUCUGUGUUUCAUUCAGGGUGUAUCAUGUCAAAGCAUUGUUCUAACUCCGACCAAAGCUUACGCCGAUAUAAACGAGGCCCUUACGUUAACCUGCACGUAUAUCGGUUACAACAAUAUCGCAGGGACGAAGUGGAAUAUAAAUAACGAAUCUACACCAACUAUAGUAAGACAUCAAAAUGGCAUUUGUAGUGGUAGUGAUAUCUUCGCCAAUGACAACAUUUACAGAGUUGGAUGUCCAUCUAAUACAUCUUUUACCGUAACUAUAUUACGUGUACAACAAAGAGAUCUUAAUAUACCAUGGAUGUGUUUUGGUCAUACUAAAAUAAGUAAUACUGUUAGAAUAUUAGCAAAAGUUCCUGUUGAAAAUGUAGUACUUUCUGGACCAAGUUCUAGUUACAUAAAAGAGCAUUCCCGACAAACAAUCAAGUGUAAGACAUCACCUGGUCGACCACAACCACGAGUAGGUUGGUAUCUCCAUGAAUCUUAUACAGUUGUAAAACAAAAGAUAACUGUAAAUUCGUCAACACAGAUACUCAGUGAUAGCGGGGAUGGACUUAUAGCUGUCGAAAAUACCUUACAAUUUUACCCAAAUAGAUCGAUAAACAACUGGAUGUUGAGUUGUGAAGCGUGGACAGACGACGAAACCAGAGCAGUUUAUAGCAACAGAUUGACUUUGAAUGUUGCUUAUCCCCCGGAGAAACCUGUAAUAAUGGGUUUCACAGACGGUGAAAAAUAUUCACUUAUAGAAUCCGAGUUUGUCAAACUGUCUUGUUCGUCACAUGGCGGAAAUCCACUAGCUAAUUUGACAUGGAAUUGCUAUAACAGUAAACCAACAUCUAUGACCAUUGAAGACAAAACAGUUUCCAGCACUGUUACAUGGUCUGGGUUUCGUGGUCAGUCAUCUUGUCUUUGUAUUUCACAUCAUUCCUGGUCUGGAACUACGCAAGAUACAACUGUAAUAAUUGAUGUUCUUUACCCUCCAAACAAACCAACUAUGACCAUCAGCAAUAAAACCGUCUCAAACGUUAUUAACGUUAUUUUGAGCAAAACCGUGCAAGUAAAAUGCGAAAGUAAAAGCAACCCACGCUCGAACUACACAUGGACAGGCCCAGCUGAUUUGAGCCAAGUGGAACAAAUACUGGAUGUAACAAUUAACAGCACGAUAGACAAGAUGUUUAAAUGCAAUGCGACAAAUCGAAUGGUUAGACAAAAUGGUACACACGUAAUUGGACGUAAUGAAUCUGCUGUUACAAUAAAGGUGUUGUAUCCACCUGGGAAUCCUUAUUUCAAAUAUGAAUACAGUAAUGGAACAAAGGUCAGUACUCAAAAUAUGAUAGACGUUAUAGAAGGAGAUUCGUUUUUAGUACAUUGCAAUGCAGCAGGAAAUCCAUUACCUACUUACAAGUGGGGCAGUAAUAAAGGCAACAGUAUUUUAAAGAUAACUUCAAUUACUUCCGACACAAAUAAAACAUGCCAUGUAAAGAACAUAAUGGAGGAAACAGUCGGUGAAAAUCGAACAGUAUCGACAUCUGCCUCAUUUUUUAUCAGGGUUCUUCAUGCGCCAUACAUUCCUACGAUCACGAUUUCGAACGGAACGAGACAAUUAAACAUAACAGCAGUGACUAUACAAUUAAGAGAAACAGACAAUAUCAAUAUGACCUGUUUCUCUGAAGGAAAACCUCUCCCAAACUACACCUGGGAUAGUCACAAUGAUCAAAUACAAGGACGUUUACGUCAAUUUACCAAUAUUAGCCGAAAGGAUGCCGGGAAUUACACGUGUUAUGCGAGUAACUUGAUGAAACGCACUUUUGGUGACACUGAACAAGGAUUGAACGUUUCCAGCUUGUCUCUCGACAUAAUGUAUCCAUCAACCAUUUCAUCACUAGAAGACAUAAGUACUCUGGAAGGAUCAGACCUUAAGGUUAUAUGUCGAGUUCAGGAGGGAAACCCAACUGAAGAUAGUGUGUCAUGGACUAGAAUAAGUGAUGACAAGAAUUGGAAGAACAGUCAACUGAUUAUAACUAAUGUUUCUAGAGCAGAUGACACAAAAUAUACAUGCACUUUACGAAGUACAAUCAUUCCAACAAUUGGUGACGAAACAUUGACUUUAAGAAACAAAACAAUACAUCUAAAUGUUUUUUUUUCUUCAGAAAUCAAACAUUUUACUGUUGUAAAAAAGAAGUCAAGUGGAACGUUUAUUGUAAACCAAACAGAUGAAGUUUCAUUAGAAUGUACAGCAGAAGCUAACCCAGCCUCGAUUCUAUCUAUAUAUAAUACACGUGGCAAGAGUAUAUCGACAGUAAAAAACAGAAAUUUGCUGCUUUACAGCAUAUCAAAUGCGUCGUUCGAAAACGCAGGCAAAUAUAAAUGUGAAGGCAGAAACAACUACACAAAGGAUAAACCAUCAGUAUCAGAACUGAUAAUGGUUGUCAAAUGUAAGUUAAACCGGCUUUGA